CUGAAAUAACGAAUGUGUGAGGUUAUGUGACAAUAACAUGCCUUGUGUCCUACAGUCUGAGAAUGUUGCUUGAGAAGAGACUUGAGGUCUCAGUAUUCAAAAAUCUAAACCUAAAAAUCUAAAGUUCUACUGUUGUUCAGUAUGACUCAAAUUUCAAAGACUAGAGAAGGCUUGCUAAUCUCUUCAAAUAUAGAAUCCAUUCCCUACCAUGAGUGACUACUCUGCCUCUGUAGACACUGAGAACAGAGAAUUCAACGUUACUGUAAAUAUAGUUUCAAAUAAUAACUUGUUUAUCUCAAGAUUAACUUUAAUCUUCCCUUCUCUCUGAAUCUGGAAUGUGAAUGCUAUUCUGUUAGACAAACAUGUUAAUUGCCCUUUCUCCAGGGAUGGAUUUUUAGCCAUAUCCUAGAACUUCAUAGUGAGUUUCUUUUAAUUGCUUUCUAUCAUUAAACACAUGUAUGCUACCUGUGUACUUUAAUUUUGUGAGUUCUCAAAAUUGUUACUUUUCUAUCAGCUAAAUGGGUAUGUUAAAGGUAGAAAGAUAACUGCACAUAUAACCAGGCCAUCUAGUUUUCAGUUUUUCUCUUUUGUACUAGUUUAUUUUUUCAACCAUAUAUAGAACUUACAUUUUAAAAAACUCAACUCAAAUUAACAUUUUCAACUGGAACUGUUUCAUUCAUUCCUGGUGUACCUUUGAAACUUUCAGUAGUGGAUAUCAUGAAUGAAUUCCUAGCAUUCAUUCCCAACAGUCUUCUCCUUCAGUGGCAACUGUGAACUCUAGUUAGGACAAAAGCCCUUCCAAGUUUCAGAGAAACUUGGUAGUCAGGGUGAAGCAAGCAUAGAGUAGGCUCUGUCACUAAAUGCUAUCCCCAUAAUACUGUACUCGAUUAACUAUAUAUUGCUCCAUUAUCAGGAACAUGCCAUUAAUUGCUUUCAUUCCCAGAUUAAAUUAUUGCUUUCUUUAGGAAAGCGAAUUCUAUCAUUUUUCCUCCCUGAACCACUGUGUAUUGUUGGCAGAAUAUUUUGGGAACCUGGGGGAGGUCAGCUUUAGGAGUAUGAGUGUCCUUUACUCAAAACAGCACAUUUGUAUUGUGCACCACUUACUAAAUUAUUGUCACUUUUAAGAAACUGGAACUAAACUAUAAAUUUAUAUAAUAUAUUCCUUAAUGUGUACCCUCUCCUGGCUAAUCCAGUUUCAUAAUCCAAGGAUAACCUCUGAAACGUUCCAUGGACACUUUCUCUUUCCCUUUCUAUCUAAGCAAGGCCAAGUGGUAAAGGGAUGUGUUAAACUUAACAGUGUUAUACUCCCAAGAUACUAACCAAGUGCUUUAAAACAAACACUAACAUCAUCAUGAGCCAUAAAGAUCAUUAAUGGAAAAAUAUAAUAGUCACCACAUAAUAAAUAUUUAUCUCUGAGCGAAAUUUGAUGUGAAUGAAACUCAUCAAACUGUGAAAACCUGUGAAGACACAUGGUGGCGCUGCAGGAUAAUGUUACAGGAAAAAAAUUUACAUCAAAUGCUGCAGACACAGCCCAAGCGAGCACAGAAAACUAGAAAGAAAAACAAGCCAUGAGGAUGCUACGUAGAAACCAUUUAUCCUUCCGAUUCUGAGGAUUCCGUGGGCAAGUCAAGGGGCACUUUUUACAGAAGAGUGUCUCGUGGAGCAGAAGUGAUUCUCUGCUAGAAGCCUUCUGGAAAGGAACCAUGGAGAACCGAGGAGGACACUACCUGCAGACAAGGCAAGUCCUGCUUCUCUUUGUUUUCCUAGGAAUGUCUCGAGCACACGCUGAGGCUGGGAGACUUUCAGUGGUGGAGGAAAGGCUGAGUGGGGCCUUGGUAGGGAAUUUGGUAAAGGAUCUGGGGCUCCAGGUGGGUGAGCUGUCUGCACGCGGGGCUCAAGUGGCCUCUAAUGAUAAUAAACUGCCUUUGCAACUGAACAUAAAUACAGGAGAUUUGCUCCUAAGUGAACCGCUGGACCGUGAGGAGCUGUGUGGCUCCAUUGAGCCCUGCGUGCUCCAUUUCCAGGUGUUACUGAAAAACCCCUUAAAGAUUUUGCAAGUUGAGCUUCAGGUCAUGGAUGUAAAUGACAACUCCCCCGUAUUCUUGGAAAAAGAAAUGGUUUUAGAAAUCCCAGAGAACAGCCCUGUUGGUGCCGUGUUCUUGAUAGAAAGUGCGACCGAUUUAGAUGUAGGAAUCAAUGCGGUUAAAAGCUAUGGGAUAAGCCAGAACUCUCAUUUCCACGUUACAAUGAGAGUUAAUCCCGAUGGCAGGAAAUAUCCAGAGCUAGUUUUGGACAAGGCACUGGAUUAUGAGGAGCAGCAUGAGCUCAAUCUCAUCCUCACUGCUUUGGAUGGAGGGAUGCCACCCAGGUCUGGGACUGCAUUGGUUCGAGUGGAGGUCAUAGAUGUCAAUGACAACUCCCCUGAGUUUGACCACAUGUUCUAUGAAGUGACGAUUCCAGAGAAUAGCAGGCCUGGCUCACUGCUUAUCACUGCCUCAGCUUCGGAUUUAGACUCAGGAAUUAAUGGUGAAGUAUCUUAUGCUUUUUCCCAUGCGUCAGAGGAUAUUCAAAAAACAUUUGAAAUUAAUAAACAUUCUGGAGAAAUAAGUUUAAGAGGCUAUUUGGACUUUGAAACAACUGAAUCCUACUCGAUAAUCAUUAAAGCUACGGAUAGGGGAGGACUUUUUGGGAAAUCUACAAUAAGAAUUCAGGUGAUGGAUGUGAACGAUAAUUUUCCUGAAAUCAUUGUGUCAUCCUUUAUCAAUCCAAUCCCAGAAAAUACCGCAGAGACUUUAGUUAUGAUUUUUAGUAUUCGAGACAAGGACUCGGGUGAGAAUGGCAAGAUGGUUUGCACUAUUCCGGAGGACCUCCCGUUUGUGCUAAAAUCUUCUAUUGAAAAUUAUUACCACUUAGAAACAGGGGGAGCACUGGACAGAGAGAGGAGAGCUGAGUACAACAUCACCAUCUCUGUCACCGACCUGGGCACACCCAGGCUCACAACCCAGCACACCAUUACAGUGCAGGUGUCCGACAUCAACGACAACGCCCCCGCCUUCACCCAAACCUCCUACACCAUGUUCAUCCGCGAGAACAACAGCCCCGCCCUGCACAUAGGCGCCAUCAGUGCCACAGACUCAGACUCAGGCUCCAAUGCCCACAUCACCUACUCGCUGCUGUCAGUUGAGGAUUCACAGCUGUCCCUCGCCUCGCUCAUCUCCAUCAAUGCUGACAAUGGGCAGCUGUUCGCUCUCAGGGCACUGGACUAUGAGGCCCUGCAGAUCUUCGAGUUCCAGGCGGGCGCCACAGACGGAGGCUCGCCCGCGCUCAGCAGCCAGGUUCUGGUGCGCAUAGUGGUGCUGGACGACAAUGACAAUGCGCCCUUCGUGCUCUACCCGCUGCAGAACGCCUCUACGCCCUGCACAGAACUGCUGCCCAGAGCUGCGGAGCCUGGAUACCUGGUCACUAAAGUGGUGGCUGUGGACCGUGACUCUGGCCAGAAUGCCUGGCUGUCAUUCCAGCUGCUCAAGGCUACGGAGCCUGGGUUGUUCAGCGUGUGGGCUCACAAUGGCGAGGUGCACACCACCAGGCUGCUGAGCGAGCGCGAUGCACCCAAGCACAAGCUGCUGUUGGUGGUCAAGGACAAUGGCGAUCCUCCGCGCUCUGCCAGUGUCACACUGCACGUGUUGCUAGUGGAGGGUUUCUCUCAGCCCUUCCUGCCUCUGCCAGAGAUGGCACGAGACUCCGCGCAAGAUGUUGAAGAUGAGCUCACGCUGUACCUGGUUAUCGCUUUGGCAUCUGUGUCUUCGCUUUUCCUCCUGUCUGUGCUGCUGUUUGUGGGAGUGAGGCUGUGCAGGAGGGCCAGGGCUGCCUCUCUGGGUGGCUGUACAGUGCCUGAGGGACACUUUCCUGAUCAUCUCGUGGAUAUUAGUGGUGCGGGAACUCUGUCCCAGAACUACCAGUAUGAGGUGCGUCUGAUGGGAGGUAGUGGGACAAAUGAGUUCAGAUUCUUGAAGCCAGUUUCCCCCAGUUUACAACCCCAGUUCCUUGGAAAAGAAAUCGAGGAAAGUCCUACUUUGCGCAAUAGCUUUGGGUUAUUUAGUGACUGUAAUUGAUGCUGUAUUUCAUUUUGUGGCUAUUCCAUGCUAAUGUGUCUUUCUCUGAAUUUGCAUGAUCUUCAAAUCUAGUGUGUGCAUUUUAUUAUGUCCCUCCCACCUUUCAAUUUAUGCCAGAGCUUGUAAUAAGAUGGUAAUUAAUUCUGAAGCCCAUUCUCUGGAAUGACCAAACUUGUAAAUAAUUUACCCCACCCCACUUCCCACCUGUCUUUUCCAGUUGCACUUUCACCUGCACUUUGGCUUAUGAUGAAAUAAACAGACCAUUUUAGGAGUA